GAAACCAGCCUUUCUCCCCGUCUCACACAGACACACACAGGAGUCUAGAGAACCUUUCUUGACCAUGCAGGGCUCCAAAGGAAUCGAGAACCCGGCUUUCGUCCCUUCCAGUCCAGACACCCCACGCCGUGCGUCUGCUUCGCCCUCCCAGGUGGAGGUCUCUACUGUGGCCUCCAGGAAUCAGAAUGGGGGUUCGCAGCCUCGGGAAUCUGAGGAGCCCCAGAAGUCAACUGAGCCAAUUCCACCUUCUUCGAAUCACCCAGCUUCUGAUGAGCCGCCGGGGUCACAGCUAAGCGAGCUUGAGGAGGGACCUUGUGGGUGGAGGAACUUCCACCCCCAGUGUCUCCAGCGCUGCAACACCCCUCAAGGCUUUCUGCUUUACUACUGUCUCUUAGCCCUUACGCAAGGUAUUGUAGUAAACGGCCUUGUUAACAUCAGCAUUUCCACCAUCGAGAAACGCUAUGAAAUGAAGAGUUCACUGACAGGCCUGAUAUCAUCGAGCUACGAUAUCUCCUUUUGCGUGUUGUCUCUGUUUGUGUCUUUCUUUGGAGAGAGAGGACACAAACCUCACUGGCUUGCUGUGGCAUCUUUUAUGAUCGGACUGGGAGCACUGGUGUUUUCCUUACCACAAUUCUUCAGUGGAAGAUAUGAACUAGGAUCCAUUUUGGAAGAUACGUGCUUAACGAGGAAUAGCACCAGAUGUGUGUCUUCAUCCUCUCUGCUUUCUAACUACUUCUAUGUCUUUGUCCUGGGACAAUUGUUGCUGGGGACUGGAGGAACUCCGCUCUACACCCUGGGAACAGCCUUUAUUGAUGAAUCUGUGCCCACACACAAAUCUUCUUUAUAUAUAGGUAUCGGCUAUUCCAUGUCAAUCCUAGGCCCUGCCAUUGGCUAUGUGUUGGGUGGACAGCUGUUAAAAAUGUACAUUGAUGUUGCUAUUGGACAAAGUUCUGAUCUGACUGAGGAUGACCCCCGGUGGUUGGGAGCUUGGUGGAUUGGAUUCCUUUUAGCUUGGCUCUUUGCUUGGUCUUUGAUAAUACCUUUCUCCUGUUUUCCAAAGCAUUUACCAGGGACAGCAAAAAUUCAAGCUGGCAAAACUUCCCAGACUCAUCAAAAUAAUAGCACUUCCUUUCAACACACAGAUGAAAAUUUUGGAAAAAGUAUUAGAGAUUUUCCAACUGCUGUAAAGAAUUUGAUGAGGAAUACAGUCUUUAUAUGUUUAGUUUUGUCAACUACUUCUGAAGCAUUAGUUACUACGGGAUUUGCCACGUUUUUACCUAAAUUUAUAGAAAAUCAAUUCGGAUUAACAUCAAGCUUUGCAGCCACACUUGGAGGGGCUGUUUUAAUUCCUGGAGCUGCUCUUGGUCAAAUCUUAGGUGGUGUUCUUGUUUCAAAAUUCAAAAUGAAGUGUAAAAAUACAAUGAAGUUUGCAUUAUGUACGUCUGGAGUAGCACUUGUGCUGAGUUUUGUAUUUAUUUAUGCAAAAUGUGAAAAUGAGCCAUUUGCUGGUGUGUCUGAAUCAUAUAAUGGAACAGGAGAAAUGGGGAAUUUGACUGCACCUUGUAAUGCCAAUUGCAACUGUUUGAGGUCCUACUAUUACCCACUCUGUGGAAGUGAUGGAAUCCAAUAUUUUUCUCCCUGCUUUGCAGGUUGUUUAAAUUCAGUUUCAAACAGGAAACCAAAGGUAUAUUAUAAUUGUUCCUGUAUUGAAAGGAAAGUAGAAAUCACUUCUACUGCAGAAACUACUGAUUUUGAAGCUAACGCUGGAAAAUGUAAAACUCGGUGCACAAACUUGCCCGUAUUUCUUGGCAUUUUCUUCAUUACAGUUAUCUUUACCUUUAUGGCAGGUACUCCUAUAACUGUGUCUAUAUUAAGGUGUGUCAAUCAGAGACAACGGUCUUUAGCAUUGGGAGUGCAGUUCAUGCUUCUUCGUUUGUUAGGCACGAUACCUGGGCCAAUUAUAUUUGGAGUCACAAUAGACAGCACAUGUGUUCUGUGGGAUGUCAACGAAUGUGGAAUAAAAGGAGCAUGUUGGAUUUAUGACAACAUCAGGAUGGCACAUAUGCUAGUAGCUAUAAGUGUUACUUGUAAAGUUAUCACCAUAUUCUUCAAUGGACUUGCGGUUGUUCUCUAUAAACCCCCGCCCUCAGAAACAGAGGUAUCAUUUCAAAGUCAGAAUGUCGUUGUGUCUACUAUUUCAGUGGGAGAGGAUAUCAAUAAAGGAGAAAAUGAAGGAUGAAAAAGAAGAGCAGAUUGUUUUGGAGAACUGGCUCUUGCCUGUAAGAAGACACUGUGACAAGGCAACAUUGUCUAGUCUGUGUAGAUCAUGCUUAAAACCCAUGUUCCAGAACUGGGGUGGUCAUUGUCUAUGUACAAAUUCCUAUUUUUGUUAAAACAAAAAACAAAAACAAACAAACUCAAAACAUAACAGGAUCACGUCUUUAAAGUUCACCAAAAGCCUCUUAUUGAUUUCCAUUGUCUACCUACGAAUCACCAAUGAGUACCAAGAAUACUGGCCUACAACACAUAAUUAAAAGCUUAUGCUUUUAAACACAGGUAUGCUCACACACAAAUUGAAACAUCAGUUUUUAUUUCUUUUGUUUUUUGUAAGACAGGGCCUCACAUACCCUAAACAGCCCAGAAACUCAGGUGGCUAAAGAUGACCUGUGACACCUGAUUCUCCUGGGGUUACAUCUCAUGUACUGAAGUUACAAGUCUGUGUUACCACCAUUGGCUCACACUGUCAUGUUUUAAUUCUUUCUAUGACUAGUUCCACGUUAAUUUUCAUUGUUGAUUGUUUGAGCUCCUUUGAGACAUUUACAGCACAAUAAUUUUGGCUAAGAAAUUUAUGUGUUAGUUUUGGGGACUAGUUGUUUAAAACUCGUGGAAUUAAAGAUAAGUUUACAGUGUAGGUUUUAUAUUAUAUCUCCUUUCUAACAUAUAUUUUUACAGGAAAUUACUGAGCUGACAGAAUGUAGAGUAAUUAUCUUUUGUGUGUCCCACUACCCCACAGUCUCAGAAAUAGUAGAAUUCUAAAAUUCAGAAUAAGAAUUCUAGGAGGCAAUUUGUUAAUGUUGACUUUUAACACUAAAACUUAUGACUGAUAGUAUUGUUCAAUUACAUAUUUUCAGAGAAAAGAACCAGCUUCAAUAAUGAAAAGUGCCAAGUAGACAUGACAAGAUGUCAUUAUGCACUAUUGACAAAUGUUUAUGUAUCAAAUACUUUAAAUUUUAGACUAAUUUCUUAAUCCAUUAAUUAUAGUAAUAUAACUAGAGUUUUAUUUAAUAGGCAUUUAUUUAGUAAAAGUUUUAAAUUAAAUUAUGCAGUUACUGGAAGCUUAAGUAUUUCAUACACCUAAAUUCCACCUGUGCAGGUUCCUGACAAAUUUAAUUAAAAUACUGAAGGUGUUGGGUCAUUGAGCAU